GCGCAUCAACAAUUAGGUGAACAACUCGCAAGCAACUUUUUAAACGAUUACGUUACUCUGCCUUUUUCCUGUUAAAAAGGUGACCGCCAGUUUGUUUUGGGGUGGCGUAAAACGGAUAUGUGAAGAAAUCAGAUGUAGUGAUGUUGCAAAUGCCAUUUCACAGGAAGAAGUUGAACUUUUCUGCAAUGCGAGGCUCUAAAGUGGAGUGCAGUUAGGCUAUGUUACUCCAGACCGGCGGACACAUCGCUUUUGUUUUGAACCUGACAUUGGUUUUAUGUCAUUUUUUAUAAGAAAACGUCAUUCAAGUCGGUUUCUUAUGAUUUUUAUCCCGCGUAUGCUUAACUCAUCAUGACAAAGGAAACUCUCAGGACCGUGGCAACCACGACGCUUUUCAUCUGUUUAUGUUUUUCAUCUUUUAAAGCAGAGAUCCCUUCUUGCCACGGCGCCUACGACCUUUACUUUGUUUUAGACCGAUCUGGAAGCGUGGGGGACGACUGGAGUCAGAUCUAUGGCUUUGUCAAAAAUCUUACAGAGAGAUUUGUGAGUCCAAAUAUGCGAGUGUCCUUCAUAGUGUUUUCAUCAAGAGCAGAGACUGUGUUACUGCUCACUGGAGACAGGGGAAAAAUUCAUGAUGGCCUGAGGAUUUUAAAUGAGGUCAAACCAGCAGGAGAAACCUAUAUGCAUGAAGGAAUGAAAUUGGCAUCUGAACAAAUGAAAGAACAACAAAAAAAGUCCUCUAGUAUCAUUGUGGCCUUAACUGAUGGAAAGCUUGAACCAUAUAUCCAUCAACUCACUAAGGAUGAGGCUGAUAUAGCAAGGCGUUAUGGAGCUCGUGUAUACUGUGUUGGCGUAAAGGACUUUGAUGAAGAACAGCUCGCCGAUGUGGCUGAUAAUAGGGAGCAAGUGUUCCCAGUCAAAGGAGGCUUUCAAGCUCUCAAAGGCAUCGUUAAUUCGAUCCUCAAGCAAUCAUGCACAGAGAUCCUAACAGUGGAGCCGUCCAGCGUCUGCGUGAACCAGUCCUUUGACAUUGUUUUAAGAGGGAACGGGUUCACACUGGGGAGACAGAAAGAAGGAGUUGUCUGCAGUUUCAUAGUGGAUGGAGUUACUUACAAGGAAAAGCCAAGCAAGGUGAAGGAUAACUAUGUCCUGUGUCCUGCUCCAGUGCUGUAUUCAGUGGGACAACAAAUGGAGGUCCUGAUCAGUUUGAACAAUGGCACAUCGUACCUGACCAGUGCUUUCACCAUAACGGCCUCCUUAUGUUCAGACGGCACAGUGGUGGCCAUUGUGUUCUUGGUGCUCUUUCUCCUGUUGGCGUUGGCUUUGAUGUGGUGGUUCUGGCCUCUCUGCUGCACUGUCGUUAUUAUAGACCCACCCCCUCAAAGAACUCCUCGACCUCCACCUCCACCUAGACCAGAGCCAGACCCACUACCCAAGAAGAAGUGGCCAACUGUGGAUGCAUCUUACUAUGGAGGAAGAGGAGCUGGUGGAAUCAAACGCAUGGAGGUCCGUUGGGGAGAGAAAGGGUCCACAGAGGAGGGCGCACGGCUAGAGAAAGCCAAGAAUGCAGUGAUAUCGAUACAAGAGGAGGCCGAAGAACCCAUGAUCAAAAAGCCAACUGCAUCCCCACCCACAUACCAUCAACCUGAAUCCAAGUGGUAUACUCCUAUCAGGGGCCGCCUUGACGCACUGUGGGCUCUUCUGCGGCGGCAGUAUGACCGAGUUUCGCUCAUGCGCCCAACGACCGCAGAUAAGGGACGCUGUAUAAAUUUCAAUCGGAUGCAGCAUCAAUAGACGACAGUCUCCGGUCUCUGAAAUACUUUGACUUCCAAGUAUAUCAGAUGGGACAACAGAAAAAAAGCAUCAUUUCCUCGAGAUGACAGCUUCUUUGACCACUUUAGAGUAUCUUCGUAUUGGCUUUCCAAAACUUCUUUCAAGCUAUUGAAUGGCAAGCAGAUGACUAAAUAGAUUAACCCCCCAAAAAGUGUCUGAUUUUGCAGCUUUAAUGCACAGCAAAGGCUUUUUCGUGUUCUGACCAUAUUGUGCCUUCUGAGGAAAUAAAAAACUAAUCUUAUGGACACAGACGGAGGCUAUUUCAGAGAAAAAGGAAGGAAAAAAAGCAGAAUCAGAUGAGGCUCUUUGCCGUUGGCUGGGAAGUAGAACUAAUCCCAGUAGGCUCAUGGAGUGCAGAAGUACUUUGCCUCUUGGCAAUGUCUCUUCACAAAAAUCUCUCCAAGCCCACUAUCGUCGGAUGCCUAGCGGGGCUUCUUUGACUGGAGAUCUUGUCAUUUUAACACUGAGAAGUGCACACGCAUGACAAAUUGUAGACAGAAUGCCCUAAGGUAUUGGACGCAGUAAGACUUUGCCCUUUAGUUCGUGAAGACACCUUUCUAUCAGUGCGAGGACAGCGCAGAGAAAUUAAUAGAGCGUUAUUGCACCGCGAGACACCCUGUGACCAAAGCUCUCCGGCAAGGUUUUGAGGGACAGAUUUAACUCUGGUGGUCGGUGCUUCCUCCCCACUUAUUUGGCAGUCUGUUCUGUGCUCACUAAUGCAUAGACGGUCCCAAUUCAGAAACAUGCCCCUCAGUUAAAAGGUUUAAAGCAUCAAUACAACCGUCCAUCCAUCUGAUCUACAAGCAUUUUGUGCUCAAGUUCUCUUGGGAUAGGAAUAUCAAACUUUGAUUAGUGUAAAGGCAACUUUAGAGAUUUAUCUUUUGUUUGAGGUCUGACCACUUUAGAAUUUUGUACAAUUAAGGAGUUCCUUAGCUGUGCUAACAUGACACCCUCGUCCAAUACUCUCGAAAGAUCAAACCGAAAGGGGCGACGGACGGAUAAGUAUUGUUCAUUUCCAGAAAUUAUCCACAUCGCACUCCCCCCUCCACUUGCACACAGAAAAGCGAGCAAUAUAUAUUUAUUUUAGAUUUCUUUAACGCGCUGUCAUGACGACGAUCGUGAAUGAUGUCAGUGUCAGUGGAAACACUGUGGGGGAGGAAGGGGGCGGCAGCUGAAGAAAAAGGCUCGAACGAUCCAGUCACUUUCGAUACGCUACUUCAGAUGCAAAAUGGAUAUUCGAGUCGAAAUCUGACAAAGCGUGCCGGCUUUGACGGGAAGUGGUAUAGACAAUGACCAGUGGCUGGGUCAGUGGGAUGUCUCGGUGCAAGCAGGGAAGCUUAUCAAAUGACACUAAAAAUAAGUUCAACAACCAUCAAGUUUGAGGGGGGAACAGAAUGGGGCGCAGUCGCUCGCACUCGGUGGGCAUGCAAGUGUGCACGAUGGCAGGACCAUCGGGGGAAAAAGCCCUUGUUUAAUUAUUUCUUUGUUUGUAGCGUCAUAAUUGUUGGGACGUUCAUAAUUGUUCCCCUCCACCCCCUCCAAAAAAAAAAAAAAAAAAGAAACAGCCGAAAAAAUACAUAGAAAAGUUGAAACAUUUGGAAUCGUUCUCAGAGUGGCACUUACUGUACAAGUUUAGCUAAUGGACUUUAUGGAUAGAUAGGUGAGUGUAAUUCAGCUUUUGUUUCUUUUUAUACGUCACAGAUCACAGAAUGACAAUUUUAAAAAAAUGUUUGGUUGAGUAUUUUACAUACUAGCUGCAAAAUGGCUUGAUGUGUUUAACGGCUCCUUACAUGCUAUUUUUCCACCUCACCAGAGCUUCUGCUUUGUUUUAUCUUAUUUGUUGUUUUUAUUUACCUUUUAUUUUUACGUCUUCUUUUAUGCAUUUUAUAUUGUUAUAUUUAUAUUUUUUUAUUGAUUGUGGUUCCUGUGUGUGUGUGUGUGUGUUUUUUUAUUUUUGUUGGUUUUUUAUAUAGCCAUUAAUGUGUGUGGAAAGAGAAGUUAGUGCAACCUUUUGUUUUUGCGUAGCAAAUUGGAUUUAUUCUUUUAAGUGUUGAAAUUAGCUCCAGCUAAAAAAAAAUAUUAUUAAUAAUAACUUAUGUAAAAAAAUCUGAAUAUUGUAAAAUAGGAUAAUUGCACCUGUUUUAGGUGAAAAAAGUUUUUAAUUUUAGAAAUUGGAUUUACAAAAAAUUGUUUUUAAGCAACUCAGUCAUGACAACUGUGCACUGUUUUUUUAUACAUUAAAAUGUAAAGAAACAAUGUAUUAGUAAUGAUAUUUUUUUUAUUUGAACUGAAAACCAGGUCAGGUUUAUAUAUAUAUAUUAGUACUUUCAGCCCUUGUGAACUUUCAGCCUUUUUUUUUUGACAAUGUAAUAUUUCAUGAUUCUUUUUUCCCUGACACCAAUUGGUCUGCAGAUAUAAACUUUACUAGUGCACUUGUUAAAAAUUACUUUUAAAACAGUGUUAGUGUACAGAAAUAAUUUGAGUAAAAUGCACAGAAAUAACAAGAAACAAACAAGGAAAAGAAGUGGGCAGAAAAUUCGCCCUCACAAUCGGCAGCAAACUCUAAAAAUAGUUUGAUCCAUUGCAGAAAGCUGGAGACACUCAGAUUCACCAUAAACAAUUAGACUAUGUUCACAAUGUUAGUCAUCUGUUUUUCUGCAGUUGUUGUCUGAAAGUAAUGCACACCAUACACACAAUAGCAUUUAGCACAUAACAUGAUCUUAUUUUUCCUAUUCAGCAUUGAAGUUUCAAACUUUUUUGUAUCUUUUGUAUUUGCAUUUUGUAUAAAAUAAAUGGCACAUUGUUUUUAAAUGA